AUGUUUCUGCUACGAAUAGGCAAAGUGCUGCUUUUCUCCACCUUCUUCCUAUCAUGUGUGAUGAAUGCGUGGCUCGUAAUUCUGAGCAGACGUCUGUUCCAGCAGGGCAGAGGGAAGUUUAAUUUCAUAGCGGACAAUAAGACGAAAUAUGGAAUGAAGAGGGCAUUUUUUUUUAACAGGAAAAAGGUCCGCGAAAGUGAACUGAAAAAUAGCGAAGGUGAAAAAAAUGACCACAAGGACAGCAACAUUUUCAAGUAUACAAAAUAUGACCAAACAGACGAAGCAUAUCUUAAGGUGCUGGAAAAGAAGGCAAAUGAAAUAAAGAACUCGAAAAACUGUUUUAGUAAGAGGAUAAAGAAUUUACGGGCACAAAAAGAUGGGGCACAGGAAGACGGGGCACAAGAACAACGAAUGGAUUAUACGACGCUGCAUUUAUUAGCAAUCGAAUUGAACGCCCUUUUACAAGACUGCGUGGUGGAGCACAUAACACAGGCAGAUCAUAAAACGAUCGUCUUGCAUUUGAAUAAAAAGGGAGAAAAGGACUAUUAUUUGUACAUUUGUUACGAUAAUGACAAUCCAGUAAUUUCUUUAGGGUUGAAAAUAAAAAAACUUUUUAACAGAUUUAUUGACGAUGAUUAUGCACAGAAAUUAAAUCCCGUCUUGAAAUAUUCACUCAUUUCGGAUAUAUAUAUAAAAAAAAGUUUCGUCAAAAUAUUAUGUAUUGAUUUUAUCUUAAAGAGAAAAACGGAUGAAGACAUCGACAUCGAAGACAUUUUGGGUAAUGGAGAAACAGCUGAUCUCAGCAACAGUGGAAGAAAAGUGACUCUCCUUUUUGAUCUCCACAAUAAUUCCUGCAUCUCAUUUCUUAUAAACAAGGUAAAUAAUGAAAUUUUAAUUUCUCCUCAUAAUUAUGUAACAGAGAAGGUGAUAGACAAAUCAUACAAAGAAGGACACAUUUACAACUUCCCCACAAAUCAUGAAUGUAAAAUUAUUCCAAAUGAAUAUGAUUUUUUUUCCACCUUUUCAAGUUUGUUCAAAGCAAGGAGGGAGCAGAUUUUUAUUUCGUCCCUGUUGGAUUUAUACGAAGGACUCAGUUACAACACGGUGAUAAAAUUUUUGGAUUACCUGAAUAUUCCCAGCAAUGCCAAAUUUGAAGAAAUUGAUUCUGGUGCGCUGCUGGAUUUCUUCAAUAAGGCAUACAUUAAGUGGGUCCGCUUUUUAAACUUAAAGGAAAAAGACCAAGCGCUUUCGUUUGACCCCCAUUUUGACUACAGUUUGAAUGUCUAUUCGGCUGUAAAGUUUUUGAAGAAAGGUAAGGGGAGAGAUGCUACUCCCCAAGAUGUAUGCGCCGCUCAAACAAAUAUGAAUAACGGAAAGGUGGAAAAUGUCGCAGUAGGAAGUCCAAUCGGCGACGCGGUAGAAGGAGAUCAAAAUGACAAACCGGGCCACACCAAUUGGGGGGGAGUAAACAAAAGCGCCCCACGAGACAAAGAAACGCAUUUCGAAACGGUCAUCGAGCUGGUUUAUUACUACCACGGAAGGGGCCUCUCCGUGAAUAAAUUUUACACAAUUUUAAAGUUCUGCAAAGAAUUUAUCAGAAAAAAAAUCCCGCAGUAUGAAGAAAUGAUCAAGCAGUAUAAAAACGACAGGGAGGUGUGCGAACGAGCGUACUUACUUCAUGACAAUAUAAACAAGUUGAGCGUGUUCAACCACACCAUAUCGAAGAUGACGGACUGGAUUGACAAUAAAACAUUUGACGCAUUGAAGCUAAUUGAAAAGGAAUUAAAAUGUAAUUCUCUCGAAGAUAACAGAAAAAAAUAUAUAAAAAAAAUGGAAGAAAAUAAAGAAAAGGAACAAGUAUUAAAAAAAAAAAUUUUAAAUGUUGAGCCAAAUGCAAUUAAAAGUUCGCAAAAUAUUUAUAAAGGUUCUCUGUUAAUUAAAAUUAAUGAAACAGAUUUGUCCUCCCCAUUUUUGAUAAUAGGACGAAAUAGCAAACAGAAUGAGAAAAUUUCGACUCAAAUUUUGAAGUUCAAUGAUCUGUGGUUUCAUGUGCAUGAACAUCCAGGGGGGCACGUCAUCCUUCGAAAUAAAAAAAUUAAUGGUCAAAUAAUCACGCCCGAGUUAAAUUUGGCGGAUAUUAAAAUAGACGAGGAUAUAAAGUACGCCGCCAACAUGGCAGCCUACUUUUCCAAGGCGCGCAAGAUAGACAAGACCCUCGUGUGCUUCACCUUUGGGAAGUAUGUACUCAAGGACAAUACCCUCAGCGAGGGCGCAGUGGAGCUUUUGAAGUACCGACUCGUAUAUGGCAGACCGAGCAAAGUAUAUAGCAUCAUAAAGGACCUGAACGAGCGAAACAAGGAGAUGGAACUUUCGAAGAAGAAAAAGUGA